CCGGUGUUUGCCUCUGCCCUGGGCUGCUGAAUGCACCUUUUAUUGCGGGGCUGACACAUAUGCUGCGUCUUCUUAGCUGAUUGAUAGCUUUACUGCAGCUCUCUGCCGGCAGAUGUGCGGGGAGGGUGCCUAAGGUCAUCAUAGGCAAUAAGCUUGCCCAUUUCGGAAAGACCCCCCCGAAAAAAAUUGGAAGGUGACUGCAAAGGGUUAAUAAGGAAAAAAUAAUAACAUUUGGCAUCUUGAAGAUGGCGGAUCAGGGGGCUAUGAAGACGUCCCCACAGAGCCCCAGGCUGUCUCCAGGAGCUGCUGCAGCAGCAGCUAUGGACACCUUUUUCAAAACAGAUGAAAGGCAAAGGUUGGCAAAAGAAAGGAGGGAAGAAAGAGAGAAGUAUUUAGCUGCCAGAGAGCAGCAGAUGCUGGAAAAGGAGAGAAGAUCUAAGCUACAGUAUGAAAAACAAAUUGAAGAGCGGUUCAAGAAGCUGGAAGAGCAGAGGCUGAGAGAGGAUCAAAAAAGAGCAGCUGUGGAGGAAAAGAGGAAGAUCAAGAUCAAGGAGGAAGAAGAGCGAUUAGAGGCCAUGAUGCGUCGCUCCCAGGAACGCAGUCAUCAGCUGGAGCAGAAGCAGAAGAGAUGGUCCUGGGGAGGUGCCCUUGUAGCAGGUUCAGGAAGAGAUGGUGAAUCCGAAAGCCCCCCAACCCCUGAGCUAGGUUUCUCUGCCAACACCCUUCCUCCAGACCCUGUGACCUCUGCUGGAGCUGAGGAUUCUUCCAAUGCCUUUGACAAGCUGUCAUCUUCUACAAUGAGUCUGCAAAGGUCCGUGGACUCCCCAAUCAGUAAGAGGCUCUCCGCUUCAACAGCAGCAAUCACACAUUCCCUUGACCGAGCCCAUCGCAUGCAUCUUAGUCCCUCGGAAAGUUUCAUUGUCACUCGUCUGUUGAUGCCAACCCAUUCUUCUUUAGCCAGAAGCAGGAGUAUGGCAGUGCUCAAUGAGUCCUGCCAUUCAAUGUCAGUCUCCCAUGUCUGUCCUCGUGUAGCACCUGCUAGUCCUCUUAAAUCACCCUACAAGUCUUCUCCUGUACGAAGUGCUGAAAGAAGGAAGACCUUGACAUCUCCUAUUACACCAGAUGGCAACAAGGGAGCGACAUCACCGGAAUCCACACCGCUUGAAAAAGUAAAGAAGGAAAAACGACCCACAACCCCUUCACCGUCGUGUGCAGCAAGUUCUCCUCUCCGAAGAUCAGAGUCCCCUGCAACAUUUUCAAAGAGGACAUCUUCCCCAGCAGCAUCCAGAUCACUUUCAAAGUCAUACUCUCAGUCUCCUGGAAAGAAUAACAAACGUUACCCAGCAGCAUCUCCUGUCAAAACUCGAGCUGCGUCUAGCCUUGGUCAUGAGACGCCUAAAAAGAAAGGAGAAAAGGAACAAGUUGGUCAUAGACCAGAUGAUAAUAAUGUGGGCCAAGGGACAUUAUCGCCAAAAGCAGAGACACCUGAAAAGCCGUCUAAGUCUGAAAAGGUUUCCUCACCUGGAGUUAAAGCAGAGACACCUGAAAAUACAGGGAAGACCGGCGCAGGCACAACCGAUGCAGAAGAAGCGGCAAAGAUUCUGAGUGAGAAGAGGCGCCAGGCCCGUCUUCAGAAAGAACAGGAGGAGCAGGAGAGGCGUGAACGAGAAGAAGCAGAAAGGCAAAAGAUGGAGGAGGACAAAAAGAAGGCAGAAGAAGAGAGAGUGCGCCUACAGGAGGAAGCUCGCCAGCUGGCGGAGAGAAAAAGAUUGGAGGAGGAAGAAGCAAGGAGAAGGGCAGAAGAAGACGCCAAGAAGAAAGCAGAGGAGGAAGCGCUGCAGAAGGAAAAGCAAGAAAAAGAAAUACUGGCCUCCCUAGAAAAACAGAAAGAAGAAACUGAGACCAAAGCAAGAGAAGCUGCUGAAGCAAUGAGGAUUGAGAGGGAGCAAAUAAUUCAGCAAAUUGAACAGGAACGGCUUGAGAGAAAGAAGAGGAUCGAUGAGAUCAUGAAAAGAACAAGGAGAAGCGAUGCUCCAGAGGGGAAGAAGGAAGAGUCCAAGAUGGAUAUUCCACAGUCACUUGAAAUGGUGAAUGCAGAAAACACUGACGUGAAAGUCCUUGUGAAUGGGUUAUCCAGCCAUCAUGGAAGCAAGGAAUCGGCCCCUGCAGUGGUUGAAACAAAGCCUCAGGAACUCUUCCCCAAUGGGCUUAAACCAUCUGUUGGCGUUAUCCAUCUAGAUGCCCUAGGCGGAAAAUGCAACAGCUUGGAUGAUUCCGCCGAUGAAGUCCAGUCAAUGGAUGUAAGUCCUGCCUCUAAAGAAGAGCUUAUAUCCAUCCCGGAAUUUUCUCCAUUGAAUGACCACAUUCCCAGCGUAUCAUUGGACCAAAAUGGAACAAAUCAUUCCAGAGCCCUGGAGGAACUUCUGGACUUUACCGGCCAGGUGACGUACUCUAAGAUCUCCAGCGAAAGUAUCGGCAUCGAUGACUGUAACAGAAAUCUGAUUGAUGGAUUUAACAGCCCUGGCCAGGAACCUAAACUUAACUCAAUAUGUUGACUUAUCCAGCUUCAAAUGUAAUGGAGAUCUAAUACAGUAACAAGGCGAAGGGAACACUUUGCCCCAAUGAUGCUGCUGGCAGUGAGACAGAUAGAUAGAAGAAGCUUUUUCUUGCAGAUCUAGCACCGGAUUCUAAUAUUGGAACUGAAUAUAACUUGCAAGUCGUAUAGCAUUAAGAGGUUUGCAUCGGCAAAAACCAAGCCUCGGCUUCAUAGAUUUUUUUUAUUUUUUUUUCUGAAACUAUCACGUUUUAUUGGUUCCAGCUUGUAGCAAUGUUUGAUUCAUUUGACACUGGGUUAAGUUUAUAGUUUUGCAGAAUUCUUAUGGUCUUUAGUAGGGGGAAAAAUCCUAUAUUAAGGCUAAACCUGACUGCUGUAAUGAAAUACUGUGACUCACAUUGCAAUUAUUUAUCCUGAAAACGAAUGGGCGUUAAUUGCUGUUUUAUUGCAGAGUGGUUAUAAUGUUGGGCAAUAUAAC